AUGGACCCGUCGACAAGCCCUCGUAUCCCCGUGCCCCUCAAACAAGAGACACAUCUUCGUCUCGUCAGCCUCUGCAUCCUGCUCGUGGCAGCUAACGAAGCCUGCAAAGCAAAGGGUCCCGUUUCUUACUCAUCCGGUCAAACUGACCCUGACCCUCGCCUCACUGAAUACGAGAAAUUCCUCUGCAAACUGGCGCAGGUCUGCGACAUACAGAAAGGCGGCGACACCGUCACGGCGUUGACCGUUCUGGCCGGACCCCAGGGUCCCAACUACCGCUUUACCUCUAACAACAGGAAGCCAGGGGAGUUUGAAAGGGUGAGGGGCUUCCUGAUCGAAUUGCUUGAGACAGUUGGGCAGAACCCGAAAAGGUUGAACCCGAAGCCGCUCAAGAAGCACGUCUUGGGCCGCAUCCUGGAGUUUAACUUUCCGAGGUUGAAGCUAUACUUGAUGAGUCUCGCCUCUGCACUCCAAAAUUGUAUCGAGGACUGCGAGCGUCGGGGAGAACCCCCAGACUCGGAAAUCAUCGGACGGCUCAAAUGCCUGGCGGCCAAGGGAGAGUUUCCUCGCGAUAUUUCAGCUUCUGCGGAUGCUAAGAACAGAUGUCAGCCUUGUUCAAUCUCCUCCGUUUGGCACCUGCAUGCUAACAAGGCGGGUACAAUUCCAGUUCUCCGUAACUGCGAAAUCCUCAUCAAGGCCAUACAUCAUAGUAAAACGGACUCAGCCACCGAGCAGACGAUCGAGAAAUAUGCCAACGAGGGCGACGCUGUUCAAUCCCGCUCUUGGUGUGAACUUCGCCACUACCUCGGCCGCCUCCAGUCAUAUCGACGGGCGUCCGAGAUCAUAUCCGACGCCCCCAUGAAAUGGCCUGGCCUUUUCCAGAACUUCACUGUCGACUACCUCCCCUCACCUGGCCUAGGACACGUAUCUCUCCCCAGAUCACUGACUUCGCCAGCCGAAGUCGUUCGUGCCGCCUUUUCCGACCUCGACUCAUCUGAAUACGAUGCCUACAUUGCCGAUCUCCAACGCUAUCGCCUGGACGAAGUGGUUCGCGAGCAGCUGUCAUCCUUUAGCUUCAGGUCCAGGAUCCACUGCGAGGUUUGUCUUCACUCCGACCUAGUCCAGCAGAACAAGACGCAGCCGGUCGACUUCUGGAACAACUCCAUGUUCAUCGGCACCAGCAAGCCCACGUGCUGUCUCUGCCACUACUAUUUCCAGGACCAGAACAACAGCGACUUCCAGCUCCAAGCACCACACAUGAACCUAUACAUGAAGUGGCAGUUCCCCAAAGUCUACGAGGAUGACGGAGUCGAGGCCGUGAAUCGCCGCGAGGAAGUGGCUGAAGGCAUCAUUGAGCAGAUGAAGAAGGACACGCUGCAGAUUCUCAAACAUCAGUUUCCCCGAUGGAAGACCAAUGAUUCGAGAACGGACUCGCGCACUGGGACGUCGGCAGCACGGGGGUAUUCCAGGGAGGACCACUAUGACAUGCGACUUCGGACCCCCGAGUCGAUGGAGGGGUAUAACAAGACAUCUGAGAUGUACACGGAGGUUGAAGAGUUUCAGGACUGGGUUGAUCUUGGUGGACCGGGUGAGGAUGGUGAUGGAAUUGAGAUAGGAGGAGCAGCAGUCCUGACGGGAGUGGCGAGAUGA